GCAUGCUCUCGGCUCAGUGCAGCAUCAGCAGCAGCAGCAGCGGCCGAAAAGCCGAGAGUCACAGACACACGAUACUCGUGGCAGCACGUUGAGAGUGAGUGGCCGACCGGGACACUCACUGCUUUUUUCGCACGCGCGCCGGACGAAGAAAGGGCGGCAUCAUUUUUUCGCUAAACAGUGCCGACUAUCCGAUCGGACGGAUCCUGAAAAUGGAGCAGGCGGGCGGCCCCGGCUCGGCGGCCGCCGCCCAGGACAACUCGGGCCUGUGCCUGCAGGACCUGGUGUCGGUGGAGCACCACCACCCGCACCACCACCUGCACCACCACCACCACCAGGAGCUGCACCUCAACCACUCGGCCCAGCACCUGAUGAGCUCGGCCGAGCACGCCGUCUCGGCGCCCGCACCCGCCGCUCCGCCGCCCUGUCCGCCGCUCCACCACGAGCCGCUAGAGAAGCUCAAACGAGUAUGGGAAACAUCGUCUGACUUCCGGGAAAACUCGCACAACAUGACCAGCAACAUUGACCACUCACAACUGACGUUUCCCGCGGCAAGGAGCAGAGGAAGAGACAGGAAAGGAAGCAGAGCGCUGUCGGUGGAUACGGGGAUCAAAGCGGAGCCGGGCAUCGACGGCGCCGACCCUUCCGAUGACGGCAAGGACGGCAAGAAGAAGCGGCAACGACGCCAACGCACUCACUUCACCUCGCAGCAGCUGCAGGAGCUGGAGGCCACCUUCGCCAGGAACAGAUACCCUGACAUGAGCACCAGGGAGGAGAUUGCCAUGUGGACCAGCUUAACCGAAGCCAGAGUUAGGGUGUGGUUCAAAAACCGGCGGGCCAAGUGGCGGAAGCGUGAGCGGAACGCGAUGAACGCGGCGGCGGCCGCGGCCGCCGACUUCAAGAACGGGUUCGGCUCGCAGUUCAACGGUCUGAUGCAGCCGUUCGCCGACUCGGACUCGCUGUACUCGUCGUACUCGUCGUACAACAACUGGGCCAAGGUGCCGAGCCCGCUGGGCGCCAAGAGCUUCCACUGGGGCCUGAACACGGUGGCGCCGCUGUCGGCGGCGGCCGCCGCCGCGCAGCCCAGCAUCAACUGCUUCAACACGCCGACGGCGGGCGUCAACAGCGGCGCCGCGGCCGCGGCGCUCAUGCCCGGCUCGUCGAUGGGGGUGAACGCGUCGCCGGCGCAGUGCCCGUACGGCAGCGCGGCGCCGUACAUGUACCGCGGCGAGGCGUGCUCGUCGAUGUCGUCGUCGAUCGCGUCGCUGCGGCUCAAGGCCAAGCAGCACUCGUCCGGCUUCGGCGCCUACUCGCCCUCGCUCAGCCCCCGCUCGGCCGCCUCCAACUCGACGCUGUCCGCCUGCCAGUACGCCGGCACGCCCAGCGGCGCCGCCAGCGGCGCCGCCUCCGCCGUCUCGGCGGCCGGCAACGACCGCACCGCCGCCGUUUGAGAUUCGGCCUUGGGGGUUGCCGACGCGGCCGCCGACGACGACUGCGCCUCCGCCCAGCACUGAGCCCGCACACACUGCACGGCCAGCCCGCAAUCCUCAAGGUGAAACCGCAAUCAAAGUCCGCUGAACGCGCGCCCGUUCCCGACUCGCCCCCCGCUCUCCGAGCCCACGGAGUGAGAGACCGCCGCCACCCUUCUCCAGCCGCAAAUAGAUUUUUAAAUGCUCAUCUUUGAAGCCACUGUCUUAAAUUAACUCUAACAGAUACGUUUAAUUUGGUUUCUUACUUUAAUGGAACGACAAAUAACUGUUUUAAAGAGGAUUCGAUCAAAGGAAAAAGAAAAAUACCAGGCAUUUCAUGUUGAAAGUCUUCUUAUUUAUUUCGUGCUGUAAACUACACAGCCAAAUUCAGUAGGAAAGAAAAAAAUAGGAUGAAUUUGAACUAGAAAUGUUGGUGUUUUGCUUCCAGAUUGAAAUUCACCAAAUAAAUUAUAAUUAAAUUAAAAAAAAAACUUCAAAAUUCCCAAUUUUUAAAAACAAAAAGAGAGGAAUGGAUUUCAAAUUAAAAUCCCUAAGGCUGGUUUAAAUUUAAAUCAGUAAAUUCCUAAAUGGCUCAGCACUUAAUCUUAAAGAAAAUUAUUUGAAUCUAAUUUCUAUAUUUAUCUUUUGCCCCAAUUAUUCAUACCAUAAAAUUUAUUCUAAAUAAUAGUGGCACAUAAAUUAACCUGCAAAUCAGGAGAAAGAUCGCACCACAAUCUAAUUGCAAGUCCAUGAAACCUCACAAUUUGUUGCUAAUCUAUAAGAGAAAAACAUUUGAGUCUAUAUGAUCAUGGAAAUGACAGCAAUAUACGCCGAUUCAAUUCGUUUUUAUUUCUCUAAAAGUCAUAAUUCAGAAGGUCCACCGUUAAUUUACAAUUUUCUGGUACUUUAUGUUAUUCUCAUUUCAAAUUCAAUGAUAACUGUAUAUUUUUGGCGUUAACAAAUUUUAUUUAACAGACUGAAAACCAAAAUCAGUGAAGAUUAUACUUGCUUAAAUUAAACCUGAAAUAAAAACAAACAGUCAAGACAAAAACUUCUUUUCAUAUUUGUUUAAGUAAAAUUUAAAUUAAUUUUUUAUUCGAGGCAAUAGGCUGAACUGAUUUUGCUUUUCAACAUAUUAAAUUAAACCUUUUUAUCGUCUACAAUUAAGUUUUAAAUAAAAAAAUCAGGUGGUUUGAAGCAAUUAAAAUUAAAUCAAAUGGCUGAUUAUUCUCGUUUGUAUCUCAUGUGAGUAUCAAUUUCUCCUCAAGCUAUCCAGUUAAAUAAUCUGAUCAGGAAGUUGAACAUAUUACAUUCCUUUCAAUCCUUAAAAUCUCUGGGUUUGAACUGAAGUCAUGCAGAGCCAAAAAAAUUGACAAAAAUAUCCAAAUCACUUAGUCUUCUUGAACUAUGUCAUCCAAAUUAACCUAUCAUUUAUACUUAUGAAUCCAUAGCAGAGUAUCAGAGUGGCAUUCUCCCAAUUCCGUUCUUUUUAUUCCAUUUGAAAAGGAAUCUGAUUGAUGGGUAGUUAUCAAACAAAAAUUCCUGAAUUUUCUAUCUAAAUCUUGUCUGAUUUUACUUCGUUUGGAAAAUUGUUAAAAAUAAUGAAAAUAGAAACAACGAAGUUCUUUAAUUUGAUGGUUUUAUAUCCUGUCCAAUUAGGGAUCUCUAUAUAUUUUCUUUUUGAGACUCUAGAAAUUAAAGAGAAUCAUAUUUAUCGUCUACUCCAAGAAAUAAAAUUCAUUUUUUUUAUCAAUUCAAGUUGGCUUCAAAGCUUGAUUUGUUUUUCUCGUUGCCGUGAAGGUGGUGGUGGUGGUUUUUUCUCCCUCCGUGUGCGGCAAAAGCUCCACGCUCCAAGACUGGAUUGUGGCAAAACAGCAAGGAACUCGACGCGUCCAGUUUCGAUAUAGAAUGUACAAAUUAUUAAUGUUCUUCCCCGCCGGACUAUAUGAAUUAAUAUCCGAACACCUAUGAGAGUAACUAUACACUGUAACACAUAUGCGCGACUCUAGAAGCGAUCAUGUAAAGCGUAUAUAUUACAGCCAUAUUUCUUCUUCACCACCAAUCAUCGUACACACACACACACACGACAAGAGUAGCAAAAUGAUUUUUAGCCCUUAUACAAUCUAAAACGAAAACCUUUCAACCAAAACACACACACUCUAUAAAUAGUAUAAAUGCGAGAGAAUUCGUCUAUAUUCGCGGCGAGAAGUGAUAAAAUGUAAACAUUUGAGACGACGAUUCAAAAUUGAUUUGCCAGACCAAAAGCAGAAUGUGUAAAAGUACCUACUACGUAUUUUAGUGAAAAUAUAUUAUAAUAUCGUUUCAUGCUCAAUUUCGGUUUGAUUCCUGCGGCGCGAAAAUAUGUAUUAUGAGAUUCGUACAAGAGAUGAAAAAUCGCUGUAAAUAUUUUGACAGACUUUUUACGCAGAUUGCGCUGAGCAAAAAAAAUUAAACUUUAAUACAGAGAAAUUUGAUCGAUGUAAAAGUGCAAGUCGAUGAUGGCGUGCAUGGGUCUUUUUUUUAAACGAAAAAAGCACACCCGAUGUGCGAUCCACACACGUUAUUUAAUAAUGUAUAUUUGCAACGUCUGGAGUUCGGCCCGCGGUGUGUGGAUUCAUUGUUGCGUUGCCCCCAUUAUUUGUUGACACAUAAAUUAAAUUCCAUCCUCUUGCCGGGUGAAACAGAAAGGUGCGAGACUGGUGAAUUUUUCGAACUUCAGAUGUGAUUGAGUGUUGUUAUUAAUUAAUUAAUUAAUUAUUAUAUAUUAUACCACGGAAAUUGUGUCUCUCAGCUCUCGUGUGCCAGGAAACCAAUAAGUAAUAUAAUGCGACUUGUUUGUGGCGAGUUUGUUAUCAUGUAAACGAAGAAUUAAAAUAAAAUAAACAACUAAAUAACAUUUAAUACAAUCAGCAUACGCAAAUUGAUCUGACACUCCAGUGACACAAUCAAUCAGACACAGAUAAAGAAAAAUUGAUUGCCGAGACCGAAUUGGUUCCUCUCUCUCUCUCUCCCUUUCCCUCUCUCGUAGCACAAACACUCAAAACUGCAGUUUAAUAUAGCGGCGACGGACGAUUCCUUCUUUAGUGCGGUCAACGGCGGCUACACGUACACAACACAAGUCUCUAGUCAUUUAUUUAGUGUUUAAUGAUGUACACAUUUCCUUGCAUCCGUAUUUUGGUCCAUGUCAAAUGAGCUGUUUCUUUCGAUCAGACCGAAUUCGUCAUCAAUGUACAAUAAAAUGCUGAUUUUAUUAUGAAUAAAAUGUGCCAAAAAUUUCUGUGAAA